AUGGCACAGACUGUGGCGGUGACUGGCGGCGGGGGCUACGUUGCCACCGAGUUGAUCCACCAGCUGCUGGCCAAGGGGUUCAACGUGAGGGCCACGGUGCGCAGCAAGGCCGAUGCGGCCAAGGUGGCCCACCUGACGUGCCUGGCCACGGCAUUGCCAGGCAGUGUGGAGCUGGUGGAGGCAGACCUACUGGUGGAGGGCGCCUUUGACGCGGCCUUUGCGGGCUGCCGCUACGUCUUCCACACCGCCUCGCCUUUCUUCAUCGAGGCAGGAGACCCGCAGGCGCAGCUGGUGGACCCGGCAGUCAAAGGAACUCGCAACGUGAUGCAGGCGGUGGCACGGAACAAGGCGGAUGUGCGACGGAUAGUGCUCACCUCCUCUUGCGCGGCCAUCAAGGGCAAUGCCAACGCGGCCGCCCCCAAGGUGGGCAGCACCUACAGCGAGGCCGACUGGAACGAGACCUCCACCUUGCCAGCAGAGGCGUACUGGUGCAGCAAGGUGCAGGCGGAAAGGGCGGCUUGGGAGCUGGCAGAGCAGCAUGGCCUGGACCUGGUGACCAUCUUGCCAGAGUUCAUCAUGGGUCCUGUGAUCUCGAGACGAUCGGAUGCGACCAGUUUCGGCUAUAUGAAGGCGUGGCUGGAGGGCACUGCGCAAAACUUUGCACCCGUGUUUGCGGAUGUGCGGGACGUGGCACGCGCGCACAUCCUGGCAGCAGAGAACCCAGCAGCCAGCGGGCGGUACAUCGUGGCCACCACCCACAGCACAUCGCCCAGCACCAUCUCCUCCUGGCUCCAGGAGCGCUUUCCCGAGUAUGCACUCGCUGAUGGCGAGGAGAUGGAGUGCACGGAGAUCAUCAACAACUCGAGAGUGCAGGGGGAGCUGGGGCUGUCCAUCACGCCGGUCAAGGAGACCAUCGUGGACAUGGCGGCCACCUUGGUGCAGCUGGACCUGGCGCAGCCCAAGCCCAAGGGCCCAGAACCUGGCAAGCAGUAG